AUAUAUAUUUUGUGACGAUAAGCGGAAGAAGUUUUAUUUUGACUUAAUUUUAUUUACUGAAAUUAAGGUUUUAUUUAGCGUAGUACAUUUCUUCCUAUCACUUUGAAAAUUAUGGAGGGAAAAUUAUCAGAGCCAAUAGCGACGGAACCAAAGGGAUGGAAUAAAAUGAGAGCUAUAUAUGAAUCUCGCAUAUAUGUAGCUGAGUCUAAUUUAGCUGAGGAGAAAGAAAAAAAUAAAAUUUUGAAAGCUAGAUUAGAUCAUCUUUUGUAUAUAAUCAACACUAAUGAAAAUCAGUGUGUGCAUGAAAGAGAAAGAGAAAAAAUAAAUCAAAAUGUGAAUGCAUCUCUCCAGCAGCUUGAAACAAAAUUAAAAAUAAAUGUGUCUAAUCAAGAAAAAUUGGCUACCUCUGUUAAGUCAAUUAAAAAUGAAGUCGAAAAAUAUAUUGAAGAUAUAAAAGAGAUCCAAGAAGAACUUAAGAACAGAGAAGAUUUUCAAGAAGAUACAUCCAUAGAUGCAGAGGUCGAGAUGCAAGAAAUAUCACUUAAGAACAGAGAAGAUUUGCAAGAAGAUAUAUCCAUAGAUGCAGAGGUCGAGAUUCAAGAAAUAUCAAUUUGUUCAUUGGUCCAAGAAUUGCAAGAUGAAAAAAAGAAUAGCUAUGCAAAUUUAAUUAAAAAUGUAUUCGUUGAAUGUUGCACAUAUUUCAAGAAUAUUCCGAUCCAUCACUUUGUGUUAAAUGAAGUAGUGAGUUUUUGCUUGAAUGGUUUGAAGUAAUUUUUCUGGAAAAACUCUUCGUAACCCUUUUUUGCAUACUUCAAAAUUCAAAAAAUAAUUUUUACCAAAAACGGAACAAAAAAAUUCACA